CGUCUGAUUCUAUUUAUUUGUUGUUAUCUGUCUUGUGACCGUCUUCUAUUUUAUGUUUCUUGUGAUUUGUUGAUAGCACUACACAGAUAACAAUUUGUUUAUUAUUAUUGUUUAAAAAAAUGUGUUCGGAAAGCACAAAAAUGGUCGCCAACGAAGAAACGUUUGAUGAAAAUAGUUUGGCAGAGUCCAAUCACAAGGAACAAUAUAAAGAAAUGAAAAGAAAAUUGAGACUUUUAGUCUAUGAAAAUGAAAUCUUUCAACAGACCCUAAAAACCACCCAACGAAAACUCUUAAAAGCGUCACGAGAUAAAAAUAUUCUAUUAGACAGGCUGAUACAGUAUGAAAGGAUAGACCUAAGCAGUAGUGAUGAUGAACUAACGGAAUCAUCGGACGAAGGCGAUUCUAUCAAACCGGAACCUAAGAAGCGAAAAGAAGCACCAGCCAACACAUCUUCAAGUGGAAUUAGUAAACAGUCUAUCAGUCCUCAAAGGACUACUCCAACUCCAGCCAAAAAACGAAAACCUUCUACUCCAAAAGUUUCAAAAUUGGCACCAAUGCCACUUCAAUCAAAUGAAUCUCAUUCUAACAGUGUAUUGUCAACAACUGAAAGUAACAAAACAAUGGCUGAACCAAAAUCAGGGAACAAUUUCAGUCAACACAGCUUAUCAACAGACAUGUUUAAUGAUACUUUUUCGGGAAAAAGUGAAUCGAACAGCAUGUAUGACAUGGAAACAUCACCUAACAACAUUGCUGAGGACAUGAUCAGUGUCGACAGUAUAGGAAAAUAAUUUACCAACAAUUUCAUUUUUUUGUGAACUUAUAUUUUAUUGUUAAAUAUUGUACAUUACAUCUGUAACAACAUGUAGGUUGUAUAAAAUAAAUGUAAAGCAUUUGAAAAA